CUCCGCAUACAGAUUGCUACUCGACACAAACACUUUCCCGCCAUUAGGACCAAAAUUUGAGUACUGUCAUUUCACGCUAGGAUAUCAGACGUUCCUCUUCACGUACACCUUGUUUGAAUUGACGUUCUCUCAAAUCGAGUCAUGGGAGACGUCGUCAGCGCUUUCAAGCGUCUGUCGCGACCGCAAACUACACCAACUGGCUUGCCCAAUCACUGGGUCUUUCAGUCUCGACAUGUGCCACUCGAGCCGCCUGGCGAUCUGGUUGUUGCCGUGCAUCCUCAGAGCAGAUACCAGCUAACAGCAGGCCCAUUCCAACUCACAACGACACUGACCACCAAAGAGAGGGCUGAGAAGGUGCUUCCUCACCUGUUGCAAGUAUUCAUCAACGAGGUUCAGGGCCCCGACGGGAGCAUCGUCGAAUCGAAGGCUCCAUGGAGCUGGUCCACUACCGAUGAGGCAUUAGCUAUGGCUUUGAAGCCUCUAUUCUCCCAGCAUGGAUUUCCAGAGGAGCUUCAGAAUAUCAAAGUAUGCAGUGGGGACGAAAAGGUUAUCGCCAACGAAUGCUGGGAUGAGUUGCUAGGUCGGUUGGUGGAGUCUGUGAGCGAAGACGCACGAUCGACGCGCAAUCAACCCGCUAUUCAAGAGGCUGGUUCCGGUGUCCAGCUCGGCGACGAGACGAAGUGCCACCGUUGCCAGAAGGAUCGUAACGACACGGCAUCGCCCUUGAUGAAAUGUGCCGCCUGCAAGAAGGCUUGGUACUGCUCUCCACCUUGUCAAAAGGCUCAUUGGAAGCAGCACAAAACUGCGUGCGUUGCGAACCGUCCGAGCAAGGAUGCAACUGCAUCAUCCGUUGAUGCGCACAAGUUCUACAACACCGUGGCUCACCAAUCUACUGAGGCCAAAGCACUCGCUGCGACGCUUAACCUGGAACUUCCUACAUCAGCUGCCGCCCUCGAAGGCACAAUGAAGCCUCUGCGACGGCUCGUCAUCACAGGAAAGGACACCGCCACCAACAUGCAGCUGCUCUUUGGUCCACAGUGGCGCGACAGCCUCCUGAAAUCAUACGACGAAGUUCGUGCCCAAGUGCUCUUGAAUCCUCCUCGUGGUUCUCCCGCCUAUGUCAUGGCCGCGAAUCUGGACAACGGUGCCCCAGCUUGGUCCCCUCGACCACCGAGCGAGUCCGAGCAGCGCAAGGUGGACGAAGUGCGAAGAAUGCAGUCAGCAAUUCGGGCGCGUGUGAGCGCUGGCAAGUCUCCCUCGAACGCCGAUAUGCAGGCCAUUCUGCUGUCGUUCGGGGCCAAUUGGAUGGAUCAUCUGCCUCUCUACCAGCUUGCGGUCAACACAAUGGACCAGGGUGUCCAGGUACGUUGAGCAACGUCAACAAGACCAGUCAACACAUACAUGUUCGAGGAGAGUUUCUUGAGUUCUCAGUCGCUCGAGGAAGAAAUGUGACGCCAGGUCUGGUACGUGCUCUGCUGGCUUUCCAUGAUGCCCGCGAAGAGAUGGUAAUGGAAAUUAAACGCUGCGAUCAUUACGGACUGAGCAGAAAAAAAAAUUACUCAGAGGCAAUUCUAGAAUAUCAUAAUCCCAAUACACAUUUUUGCUUUCUGGU